AUGGGCAACGACACGCAUAUGGAGGUUGACGCCGCCGAGCAGAAGCUCAAGGGCAUGGAGCACUCUGAGCAGCAUUACUUCAAGAGUUAUGACCACCAUGGUAUCCACGAGGAGAUGUUGAAAGACGAGGUCCGCACGCGCUCCUACAUGAAUGCUAUCGUCCAGAACAAGCACCUGUUUAAGGACAAGGUCGUUCUCGACGUCGGCUGCGGCACCGCCAUCCUUUCCAUGUUCGCUGUCAAGGCCGGUGCGAAGCACGUUAUUGGUGUCGACAUGUCCACCAUCAUCUUCAAGGCGCGUGAGAUCGUCAAGGUGAACGGCAUGUCCGACAAGAUCACCCUGAUUCAGGGCAAGAUGGAGGAAGUCGAGCUUCCCUUCCCCAAGGUCGACAUCAUCAUCUCUGAGUGGAUGGGUUACUUCCUCCUUUACGAGUCCAUGCUGGACACUGUCCUGUACGCUCGUGACCGCUACCUGAACCCCGACGGUCUCAUUUUCCCUGACAAGGCCACCAUCUUCAUUGCUGGUAUCGAGGACGGCGACUACAAGGACGAGAAGAUUGGAUUCUGGGACAACGUGUACGGCUUCGACUAUAGCCCGCUCAAGGCCACGGCCCUGUCCGAGCCUCUCGUCGACACGGUCGAGAUCAAGGCUGUCGUUACUGACCCCACCGCCGUCCUGACCCUGGACCUCUACAAGUGCCAGGUGUCUGACCUUGCCUUCACCACCCCCUUCCGCCUGUCUGCCCGCCGUGAUGACUUCAUUCACGCCCUCGUCGCCUGGUUCGAUAUUGACUUCACUGCCGCUCACAAGCCCAUCCGCUUCUCCACCGGCCCCCACACCAAGUACACCCACUGGAAGCAGACCGUCUUCUACCUUAAGGACAUGCUCACCAUGACCGCCGGCGAGGAGGUCGACGCAACCCUGCACGUUAAGCCCAAUGAUAGGAACCGCCGUGACCUCGACAUCAAGAUCGAGUACAAGUUCCUGACCGAGGACCCUACCCGUGCCGCCGAGGGCGUCUGCGAGUACAAGAUGUGCUAA